CAAGUCUUCAGUCAGCAUAAAAUCACUGACUGAAUCUGACUAAUACUUUACUUUACCUGUAUUUCAGUAAAUAGGCUUAAAAUGGCAUCUGACAGUAAGAUUACUACAGUUAAAGCACCUGCUCCACUCAGCAAUUUGGAAAUUAAAUACACCAAGAUCUUCAUAAACAAUGAAUGGCAUAAUUCGGUUAGUGGGAAAAAAUUCCCUGUCUUAAAUCCAGCCACUGGAGAAAAAAUAUGUGAAAUUGAAGAAGGAGAUAAGGAAGAUGUAAAUAAAGCUGUAAAAGCAGCAAGAGAGGCAUUUGCGCUGGGGUCACCAUGGCGAAGGAUGGAUGCUUCAGAAAGAGGAAAGCUUAUGAAUAAGUUAGCUGACCUAGUUGAACGUGACAUCUUAAUUCUCAGCACUAUGGAAUCUAUUGAUGCAGGGAAGGCAUUUGCUGCAUCCUACUAUGCAGACAUACCAGGUGCUGUUAAAUCAUUGCGUUAUUGUGCAGGAUGGGCAGACAAAAACCAAGGACGCACAAUACCAAUGGAUGGAGAUUUCUUUACUUUCACAAGACAUGAACCAGUUGGAGUGUGUGGUCAAAUUAUCCCUUGGAAUUUUCCACUUGUAAUGUUUUCAUGGAAAAUCGCACCUGCACUCUCCUGUGGUAAUACCGUAGUCGUUAAGCCAGCAGAGCAAACACCGCUGACUGCUCUGUACAUGGGAUCACUGAUAAAAGAGGCAGGUUUCCCUCCUGGAGUAGUGAAUAUUGUGCCUGGCUUUGGACCCACAGCAGGAGCAGCUAUAUCACAUCACAUGGACGUGGAUAAAGUAGCUUUCACAGGAUCUACUCAGGUAGGACAGCUAAUAAAAGAAGCAGCUGGAAAGACUAACCUGAAGAGAGUUACUCUGGAACUUGGAGGAAAAAGUCCAGUUAUCGUUUUUGCAGAUGCAGAUUUGGACAAUGCAUUAGAGCAGACCCACCAUGGUGUGUUCUAUCAUCAAGGCCAAUGCUGCAUAGCUGGAUCCAGGCUAUUUGUGGAAGAAUCGAUUUACCCUGAGUUUGUGCGCAGAUGUGUUGAGAAAGCUAAGAAGCGGACUCUGGGAGAUCCUCUUGCACCAGGAACAGUGCAAGGUCCUCAGAUUGACAAGGAACAAUAUGACCGAAUUCUUGACUUAAUUAAAAGUGGAAAGAAAGAAGGAGCAAAGCUGGAAUGUGGGGGUGGUCCAUGGGGCACCAAAGGUUUCUAUAUAGAGCCCACAGUCUUCUCAGAUGUCAAAGAUGAUAUGCGCAUAGCCAAAGAAGAGAUAUUUGGACCUGUACAACUAAUUAUGAAAUUUAAAACUAUUGAUGAAGUAAUUAAGAGAGCAAACAACACCACAUAUGGAUUGGCUGCAGGAGUUUUCACCAAAGACCUUGACAAAGCACUAACUGUUUCCUCUGCUUUUCAAGCUGGAACUGUCUGGGUAAAUUGCUAUGGCGCCCUGUCACCUCAGGCUCCAUUUGGAGGAUUCAAGAUGUCAGGAAAUGGACGUGAAAUGGGGGACUAUGGUAUGCAUCAGUACACCGAGGUGAAGACUGUUGUUGUGAAAAUCUCACAGAAGAACUCCUAAGGUCUUGAGUCCAACCCUGGUGUGCAAGACUGACGGCAACCUACAUCAUCUGCUUAUGUAAAAAUAUAUCUAUAUAUUUCAACUUUUCUCCCACCCACAAAAUUGUUAUUUGUUUUAAAUAAGUAAAUAAUUUGGUUUUCAAAAAUGAUGUCAAUAAUUCAAUAACAAUAUACCAUACAUUUAAAAAAAAGUAGAAAACAGACCCAGAAUACUUUUUAUGGUACAGGCCAUUACUAAUCUGCAAACUGAUGACAGAAUUGCAUUAAAUCACUGCUACCAGUAUCUGCGCUCUCUAGAAUAACAGAUUAUCAUUUUGGUGCAUUGCUGGAUUUACUUAGAAUAGUGGAUUGCAAAGAUAAACUCUGAGAAUUUGAUUGGCCAACUGUUAUUUAACAAUCUUGUCUUUUAAUUUUGCAUAUUUUUACACACUGAUUUAAUUAAUUUUACAAGGAACAAAACUAAAAGCAAAUGGCCUGUGAAUAAAGGUUUGGAUAAUAAAUUUUGGUGACCACUGA